AGUUUGGUCCUACUUCUGCUUUAUUUUGUUACUAAAAAGGGAGGAGGAAACUCAGUACCAAAUGCUUGGCAAUCCUUGGUAGAGUUUAUUUAUGAUUUCGUGCUAAACCUGGUAAACGAACAAAUAAGUGGUCUUUCCGGAAAUGUGAAACAAAAGUUUUUCCCUUGCAUCUUGGUCACUUUUACUUUUUCGUUAUUUCGUAAUCCCCAGGGUAUGAUACCUUAUAGCUUUACAGUUACAAGUCAUUUUCUCAUUACUUUGGGUCUCUCAUUUUCUAUUUUUAUAGGCAUUACUAUAGUGGGAUUUCAAAGAAAUGGGCUUCAUUUUUUAAGCUUCUUUUUACCCGCAGGAGUCCCACUGCCGUUAGCACCUUUUUUAGUACUCCUUGAGCUAAUCCCUCAUUGUUUUCGCGCAUUAAGCUCAGGAAUACGUUUAUUUGCUAAUAUGAUGGCCGGUCAUAGUUCAGUCAAGAUUUUAAGUGGGUCCGCUUGGACUAUGCUAUGUAUGAAUGAUCUUUUCUAUUUCAUAGGGGAUCUUGGUCCUUUAUUUAUAGUUCUUGCAUUAACCGGUCCGGAAUUAGGUGUAGCUAUAUCACAAGCUCAUGUUUCUACGAUCUCAAUCUGUAUUUACUUGAAUGAUGCUAUAAAUCUCCAUCAAAGAUUCUUUUUUAUAAUUGAACAAAAGCGAGGAGCAAAGCCACUUUACCGAGUUUACGAGGUGAAGGAGUGAUAACAACUUCGCUCGGAUCGAAAAAAAAAAAAAAGAUUCCGAGCACGUCUGGUCAAAGUCUAUCUGUCUUUACCACGAGUCAUUUUCCUUGGCUAACAAUAAAUUUGAGUUUUUCCCGUAUCCGCGGGUUCUUCAAUUUGCUUCCUCCCUCAUAUAGGAAAUAAGGUUGGUGGUAUACUCUAUUUUUCCCCUUAUUGGAAUUCCUUUUAAUGACAUAUGCAUUCUGUUAUCAUUUCCAGUUGGACGGACGAUCCAUUAAUCCAAUUUGAGAAAGAAACGAACUCUUUCCAUUUACAAUCCUUUUUUUGGGGUUCCAAACCUUGACUUCUUUAGGGGCUUGGAGUAGAUGAAGCCUUCCUUCUUUCUUCUCGGUCCGCUUUGGCUCCUGAUCUUGAGCUCGCAGUUAUUGGCCUAAGGCUUCUUCUUCGAGUCCUUGCUUUUGAGAGACGAAACUUUAGGCCCUUGCUCUUGGCCUUCCAUCAUGGUCCGCAUAACCAGCCCAUCUUUCUCCAGAGAAGCAACCGCUCGGAAUCUCUCCCUUCAGUUGUGUAACAAGGCGAUCCACACGAUAACGAGUCCGCUCCCGUCGAGCCUCUUCGACGGCACUAGCCUACGGGUUCUUCCCCCUAGCCAUGGCUUGGCCUAGCCUUUGGCUCUGAUACCACUUGUCACGGUGCUAAGUCCUUCAAGCCCACAAAGCGCGGCACCCUGCUAACGGUCCGCUGUAGCAGAGUAAGCUGAAAACGCCCUUUCUAUGUUCUUAGUCAAGCCUAAACUGCAAUCAAAGGUUAGCGCUAACGAGCAAGAAAAGGGCCCUUAGCCCAUCUAUCUAAGGGGCCUUUAAUAAUAUUAUAUAAUAAGAGUGGGCCCUUCUUUCUCAAAGUAAAGAAAGCUUUCGAGCUGUAGCUUUACAACGAGAGGGCCCUCGUUAUUAGGUUGAUAGAUUGCUUGUUUGUUUUAUAUCAUAUCAAUAAAGGCUUUCCUUGAGUUUUCAAGUUGGGGCGCUAACGCCCUAUCUAUAGUCAGGGGCCUUUUCUUGCAGGAUGCCGGGUGCGCAGGGUCGCCCAACCUAUACAAGGGCUUUCCGGCUUCAUUUGGUCGUGCUGCUAUGAUGUAACGUGCAGUCGUCCCGAGGCAGCAGGAUGUAUGGUAUAGGGCCCCUUUUUUCUCUCCCUUAAAGUCCUUUAUGGAUUUCGAGUCGGGAAUAGAGCAGUGGCUUAUUCGGCGCUAUAUCACAAUUCAUUCAUUCUCGGGCAUAGCUGUUCACGAAACGUGGCAUGGGACAUCUGUCGGCGGCGGGAGUCAACCAUCCGAGCGAGAGGUCAGACCAAUCCCAUUCAUUCUGGUCCGAUCAGAACGGAUCUUGUUGAAUGAAUUGAUCCAUUAUGCCCUACUUCUUAUUCUUAGUGCAUUUUUUCCUACUCUGACCCUUCCUUUAACUACUCCUGAGAUAGAGUGGAAACAUUUUUUUAUGGUGGAGAGUGGGGAGUGAAAACACCAAUGCAGCAGAGAACGACCGCAUGAAUCGGAAUCCACAACUAUUAAGACAGACGGCCGAGAAAGAAAGGCUCCACGUUCUCCAAGUGGUUGAUCUUAGCGUGCUAGUCACUGCUUCAUUUCGUAUAGUGAGAACACUUUAUCUUUCGUAGCGCUCCGCCCCCCCCUUGUAUAGGUUGGGGAACUCUGGUUGCGCGGCUUUCUCUUAUAGGGGUCUAUUUUCUCUGACUUGACUCAGCUUGACCUACUUGACUCAGCGGUUAGAGUAUCGCUUUCAUACGGCGAGAGUCAUUGGUUCAAAUCCAAUAGUAGGUAAACCGGCCGAAACCCCUGCUUUUGCCAGCAUGACAGCAAGCACGAACUGGCAGCAAGGAGUCAACUGAAUGACCAAAGCAUCGGUUGCUUCCACUUGUGACCUUCUUCGACCGCCUUGACACCUUAAUAUCAAGGAACUCCCCCCUCUCUUCUUCUCUUCAUGUAUGUGGGCUGCCUGCCCCGUCCUGAAUAGACGAAGAGGAACAAGCUGAAGAAAGGCGCGCGAGAGAGAGUUGAGUAUCCACUCACCCCCCCUCUUCCACAAUUAGGUGAAGACCAGGAGGGCCGGAAAGCCCAACGGGAAACCUUUCACUGCGCCACACGAUUCUUUCGCGAAGCGCUCUCUCAGACGUUUCCACUCCUGCCCUCGCAAGCAAAGAAGUUUCAAGAUACCAGGCCACCAAGUGAAAGUGAACAGCCUCGAGCAAAUCUUCUAGAGAGCGUACCCUUUCUUUCUACUCUUUCUUUAUUCUAAGAAAAACUAAGAAUCUAAAUAUAAAAAAAGAAGAAGAUUUUUUUUGUUGGACCCCCUGGACCUCCGACCAAUGAGGUGAUGACACAUGCAUGCGUGCAUAUAAACUUCUAAAGAGUGGGUUUCAAACCUGGGUGGCACUAUGUAACUCAAUCCAUUGUAGGGCUAUUGGUAGAUUCUUUUUCUUUUAGAAUAGAUUCUGAGAUAGAGGAGACUUUAAGGAGAUUUUGUCGAGAUGAGGACUUGCAAAAGUCGACUAGUCGCAGAAGUAAGGUCUCAGACUCGCAGAAGAAAGUAUCCCGAGGUUUCGCCGCUUUGAUGAAACAAGUUGUUUCAAAAUCUCGCAAAAAUUCUGCGUGGUUUUUCUCUAAAAACUCGGAAGGUUCCGCCAGAAAGAGUUUGGGAUUAAAUCGUUUGGUCUUUGGAAGUUCCCUGAUUGGUUUGAGAACCUGAUUGAAGAAGACCAGAAUUUUGGAAUACACGUGGAUCUUCGGAUCCAGUGUUUGAAGUUAUUCUAGUGUCUUUUAGGGAUGGGAUUCCACAGUUCAUACAGAGACGUUGUUGAGUAUGUGGCUUGACUGACUUCAAGGUGACUCAAGUCUCGAUUGAGCAGUCAUUUUUUAGAGUCACGGGUCCUGCUUUAGCACCCUUUCACAUUUGCAACUGUAGAGGGCGGUUUGUGACCUUCCAAUUUUCCAGUGAAACCGGGGACCGAAAGGUCGUGAGAGAUAGCAAAAAGAUGCAUCCAUUUCUAGGCUAAUUCAGUGUCUUGUGGAUGCUCUAUCUAUGAGGUAGUUAGACACGCCCUUUGGGGGAUCUCUUGGGUCUUUUAAAAGGACUCAAUCAAAGGGCACAAACAAAUGAAGGGAAAGCCUGCUGUUUGUUUUUCUGAGGUUGGGUUUUGAGAUGAGAGUAGGAUACACACGUUGAAGAAAUCCAUUGUCUAGAGAGAGUGGAGUGAUCUCAAAUAGUUUUCUAUUUUCAUAUUUCUAACUUGACUUAUAUAUAUUCUAAUUUAUAUAGUUUUUCGAAUAAAAUAAAAGUAGAAGUCUUUCUCAUUUGCUGCCACUCAACAACAGCCGGUCUCAGCUCUGCACAUUCCUAGAAAUUUUUUCUUUAUUUCAGCUAAAAAUUGUUAUCAUCUGGUAUGAGAGCCCAGGUUGUGAAGAUAUGGUAGUGAUACAAUCUUCUGGAUCUAUGGUUGCUGAUAUGAUUACUGCAUUAACGCAUACGAUUGUCAAGCAUCGCAAGAUUUUUCCUCGAAAUGUAGAUGUUUGGAAGAUGAGAAUGCAGUUCCUUCUCAAAGAACAGGAUCUUUUUUUUUCAUUCUUGAGAAAAGAUAAGCCCGCGGAUCUGGCGCUAAUGGCAGUCAAGGAUAAGGUACUAGUUUCAGUGGGAGACUCCACCGAGAAUGUAUGAGUCAAUGACAAUGGUAAACAUGAAGUUUCUUCGGCAACGGUUCUUUCCAAGCAAGAUGCAAGAGGGGACGAGCCUGUCUCAGCACUCAGACAAGAUGGAGAAGAUGAUCAAAGAAUUGGUAGCAGUGAGAGUCAUUUUGACUGAUCGUGAUCAGUGACCGGGAAGUCUACUGAAGUCGUUUGAGUCUUUGACAACCACUCUCUCCCGUGAAACUCCUCCUUUAACUAUUGAUUGAUCCGACCAUUUUCUUUAGGCAGAAGCUGAAAAGAGAUUUAAACAGCAGUCAUUAAAAACUAAUGCUGCUAAAAAAAGAAGAAGAAGCACAAAGUGAGUGCAGAAGGACCUGAAAAACAUAGAGUGUUGGUCCUCCAAGAAGAAAGGUCACUUGAGUUUUGAGUGCUCAUGAAAGAAGGGCAAAGGGAAAAAGCCAUGAUGAUCAGGAAAAGGUAGUCUUGGUCACUACUAUGGCCCUGUUUGCCAACAUUUCAGAUAGUUGGUGGAUCGGGUCCUCGCAUCAUAUUUUCUUCCGAAAGGAAGAAUUAUGUGCAAAUAUGAUUGAAGAACUAGGUUCUUCAUAUAUGGGCAAUGGCACUUCGACUGGUUUCAGAGGCCGAGGGAAUGUGUAAUUGCUGUUUGAAAACGGAAAGUCAGAAAGAAGGGGUAUCCAAUGUUGAUUUUCUUUUUGUACCUGAAGAGAACCUACUCUCGAUGAGAAGAGUCUUGACUUGAGAUUCUAUUAGUAAAUAGCGCGCUACUUCUAGCAGCUUGCUUCCAAGCUUGACUAAUAGGACUUUCUAGAGAGAGGUGAAUAAGGGGGGAGACCAAUCCCAUUGUGUGGAAAGAUUCUUCUGUCAGCUGAUUCACCAGGGUUCACUAGGAAUUUUUGAAUUGGAUCCAAGAAGAUAGGAUCAUCGAUCUGUUCUGCCAGUAAAUCCAAUACUAACUUAUGAUCUACUUGUUCUUAUCUCCAUAGAAAGCGAAGCACUUUCGGACGUCAGCAUGUACUAAUCGCUCCCCCGCACUCCACCCCCACCCCCUAUUUGAGUAAGGCUGGAAGGAAUUGGCAGAAUUUUGUUAGGUCCCAAUGAGGGGGGACCGGGUCAUGCGACGGAUGCAAGCUAGACUUUGAAGCAAAAAAUCCAAGAUUUCAUAGAAGAAGGAAAAAUCAACGUGGCGGAUGAACAGGAAGCUCCUAAGAAGCCCAACGAGAAAAUGGGAGUUUUUAAGAACUCGCUCUCUAGUCACGCUCUGGUCUCAACAUGCUGGGCCGAGGAAGUGUCCGAUUUCCAACAUCCCCCUACCAUCACUACAAUGAAUGCUUUUAAUACUAUAUUGCUUUGUGAGUAAGAUCCGGAUCAUCAUGACCCCUACGUUCCGGCUUCCAAAGGCGAUCCUAAGGGAAGAAUAAUUUGGAAUAAAAGGGAGUUGGCUGCAAGAAGAACAACGAGAGGAAGCUCCACCGAAAGAAGAAGAGAAAAUAAGACUCGAGUUUCUGGAAAUGUUUCAACAGGGAGGGAAGAGGAAAAUUCAAAAAAAGAGAGAAAAGAGAAAGAAAAGAAGAAGAUUGAAUGGAUUAUCCCGAACCUGCCUCCGCCGCCGUCGCACGAACCAUUUAUGAUGGCCGCGUCUGGGUGGAUUGUGGUGCUACCAUUCCUUUAGGAUACCUUUCGGCUUCAGUAAAAACUCUUCCCCCUUAGUCUAAAUAUUGAGUUGGUACGCUAACUCAACUUUGAGUAUGGAAUUUACUUUGUUGGUUGAGUGGAG